AACGGCUGGGAUUAGCGCUGUGACCACCAAAAAGUCACAGACGACUUCCCUAUCGACUUUGUUCCAUCCCUGUGCACCGGGCAAGCUUUGCGGUUCCGAACUCUGAUCCCCCUCUCCCACCCGUAAAGCUCAUCCCCUGCGGCCUACUCUUCACGGUGUUUGUUUACGCAUCCCUAGGAUUGAUUAAGAGUUGAUUUUGAUUGAUAUGGCAUCUAGACGCAAUGUUCAUUACAGCCCUCUUCCUGCUGAUGAAGAUGAUUAUGAUGGUAUUGCAAGAAGACAAUAUGACCCUCGGUUUGACUAUACACCCAAAUCCUUUGACAAAAUCCCAUGGAAGUCCAUUACCCUUGCACUUUUCCUCCUAUUUUUUGGAUCAUUGCUUCUUUUUCUUUCGUAUUUCAUCUUCACUGGUCACAUGGGAGGAGACCGAUCCCAAGCGUAUGGCCUUUUGGCACUAGGAGUUCUCUCCUUCCUCCCAGGCUUUUACGAGACUCGAGUCGCAUAUUACGCAUGGAGGGGUGCCAAUGGAUAUCGUUUCGCUUCCAUUCCUGAUUAUUAGUGCAUGUGUCUUUGUAAUAAUGUUCCUUAUGUAGGUGUAUGAAUGCCAUUUUGAGUCCAAGGGUGUUGUUUGACACACUGACAAAAACCUGUUGUAUAGAACGACGUGCAUUAUGUAAUCUGGUUUUUAUUUCGACA